UGUUGCCCCAUUUGUCAAUCAGCCUAUGAUAAUCCAUAUUACUCACCCUGCAACCAUGUUUGUUGUUAUGAGUGUUGGAAUCAAUGGCUAUCCUUGAAAUUAGAAUGUCCAGUUUGCAGAGAAAGAACCAGAGUUAAACAAUGUAAACCUUUUGAUCCCAAUAUGAUUUCACCAAGUAAAUUAAAAAAUGCAACA